AUGAGCAACAACAUAAUAAAAACAAGCAGUAUUGUGCUCUUGCUUGCGGCUCUCGCUACAUUCCUGGCCGCGAGAGUGCAGGUGUUAUCGCUAGCUUAUUUCAAUGCGCCGGCGCGAAUGCCCAAGCAUACGAACUUCACUUCGUUUGAGGUUAAGUUCGCAGAUCAGGUCCGGAACUGUGAAGAUGUGGUUCUCAUCGAGGAUCGGGGUCUAGCACUCCUGGCCUGUGACCCGGGCCGAGAGAUAUGGAACACCGUCAUGGGCGACUUUGUUGACGGUGCCGAACCUGAUCCUAAUGCGGAGCUCUACGCCUACAAGUACGACGAUGAGUCGCUGCCUGACGACAAGGCUCUCAGGCGAAUCGACGUUAUCGGAUUCAACUCAGAGCUGCGCACGAUAGGAUUCGAAUACCAUGAAGCCAGCUCCACGCUGUUCGUGACCAACCACGGACGCCAGGGCCCGCGCAUUGAGCAGUUCCACCUGGACCUAGAGGCCUUGACAGCCACUCACGUCGGCACCAUCGUGCAUCGGUUGAUUCAUAUCCCGAACUCCAUCGCCGCGGUGGGUGAGUCAGAGUUCUAUGUUACGAAUCAGCACUACUUUACAGCCGCCGAGCACCCGCUCCUCUGGGCCCUCGAGACCUAUCUCGCGCCGCCCCUCGCGAGCAUUGUGCACGUGCGCAUCUUGGCCGACGGGACCGUCGAUGCCGCGGUCAUGGCCCGUCAGGCUUACCCUAAUGGCAUCGUUCUGCUCAACGACACCACCAUCGCCGUUGCAGCCACAAGUCAGCGUGCUGUCAAUUUGUACGCCGUCUCUCACCCGGCGGCGCAGGCGCAGCAGGCCCACCCCACCUUGAAACUGGAGUCGAGCUUCGGACUACCGUUUCUGCCCGACAAUCUCGCCGUUUCUAAGAGCGACGGCGCGCUGCUUGUCGCCGGCCACCCGCACCUCCCGAGCCUGGGAAAGUUCGCCCGCUCGCGACGCAUCUGUCACCGGCCAGACGUGCUGGAGAAUCAGGGCGAGGAGGCGCGGGACAUGUGCGCGUCUACAGGCGCUGCGUCAUGGGCUAGUGAGUGGACACCAGAGGGUGGGGUCCAGCACAUAUACGCUGGGUGGGAGUAUCCGACAUCUGCAUCUGUCGUGAGGGACAGAGAGAGGGCCGUGGGGAUGGUAGCAGGGCUCUAUGCGAAGGGAUUGCUGGUUUGGCGGGAUUGAUAAGAACAUGUCCCUAAGGGAGGGGAGCUGAGCAGACCUUGCAGCUCCUGUUCAAAUUCAAUAAUCGGCUCAAGGAGAGGGAUCUUAGAAGGCUUGUGCUUGAGCUUAACUUUGUCGUGCAAGAGGGUUCGGACUGAGGAGAAGGCUUCGUGGGCAUUGCUGCCUUGUGCAACUGCUGUACCCUUGUAGGUCUCUAAAUAGCUGCAUGAUAUACUAAGAUUUAAACUAUUUAAGAGUAUCUUCUUCU